UUCUCCUCUCUUCCCUGCAGGCUUCCCUCUGGGCUCCACCGUGCAGUCUCAGACCAAGGGCAUCUGGAUGUGGUGCAUGCCACACCCCACCAAGCCAGAGCACACCCUGGUCCUCCUGGACACCGAGGGCCUGGGGGAUGUGGAAAAGGGUGAUCCUAUGAACGACUUGUGGAUCUUUGCCCUCAGCGUGCUUCUGAGCAGUACCUUCGUCUACAACAGCAUGAGCACCAUCAACCAUGAUGUCCUGGAGAAGCUGCAUUAUGUCACAAAACUCACUGAACUGAUCAGAGCAAAGUCUUCUCCAAAUCCUGAUGGAAUAAAGAAUUCCACAGAGUUUGUGAGUUUCUUUCCAGAUUUUGUCUGGACUGUUCGGGAUUUCACACUGAAGCUGAAGUUAAAUGGGGAAGACAUCACAAGUGAUGGGUACCUGGAGAAUGCCCUGAAGCUGAUCCCAGGUAACAAUUCCAGAAUCCAAGCAUCCAAUUUGGCCAGGGAAUACAUCAGACGUUUCUUUCCUAAUCGGAAGUGUUUUGUCUUUGAAUGGCCAACUCAUGACAUAGAACUCCUACAACAACUUGAGACUAUCUCAGAUGAUCAACUGGAUCCUAAGUUUCAGGAAAGAACAAAGGCUUUUGUUUCUUACAUCUUCACUUAUGCCAAGAUUAAGACCCUCAAAGAGGGAAUUAAGGUCACCGGGAAUGGACUGGGGAUUCUGGUGACAACCUAUGUGGAUGCCAUCAACAGUGGAGCAGUGCCUUGUCUGGAUGAUGCUGUGACAACUCUGGCCCUGCGUGAGAACUCAGUAGCUGUGCAGAAGGCAGCUGACCACUACAGUGAGCAGAUGGCCCAGCGACUGAGGCUUCCCACAGACACGCUCCAGGAGCUGCUGGAUGUCCAUGCAGCCUGUGAGAAGGAAGCCAUGGCUGUCUUCAUGGAGAAUUCCUUCAAGGAUGAAAAUCAGCAAUUCUUGAAGAAGCUGGUGGAAUUAAUAAGUGAGAAGAAAGUGCUUUUCGUGUUGAAGAAUGAAGAGGCAUCUGAUAAAUACUGCCAGGAAGAACUGGAUCGACUUUCAAAGGAUUUGAUGGACAAUAUCUCAACAUUUUCUGUUCCUGGGGGACACAGGCGCUACAUGGACAUGAGGGAGAAGAUUGAGCAUGACUACUGGCAGGUUCCCAGGAAAGGGGUGAAGGCAAUUGAUGUCUUCCAGAGCUUUCUCCAGUCACAGGCCAUCAUUGAGAGUUCCAUCCUGCAGGCAGACACAGCCCUCAUUGCUGGGCAGAAGGCCAUUGCAGAGGAGCAUGCCAAGAAGGAGGCAGCUGAGAAGGAGCAGGAGCUGCUAAGACAGAAGCAGAAGGAGCAGCAGGAGUAUAUGGAGGCUCAAGAGAAAAGUUACAAGGAAAACCUAGAGCAACUGAGAAGGAAGCUGGAGCAGGAGAGAGAGCAGCUCAUCAAAGACCAUAACAUGAUGUUGGAGAAGCUAAAGAAGGAACAAAAGGCUCUCCUUGAGGAAGGCUAUACGGAGAAAGCUGAGGAAAUGAGAAGAGAGUUCUAUCUACUGAUACAUAAAACCAAGGAUAUGAAACAAGACAGUGAUUUUUUUGUGGACAGUGUUGUAAGAGAUCUUGCUUUAUUUCUUUCCUAUUCACUGAUUGAAAAGGGUAUAAGCGGCCUUAUUUCAUUCUUUAGGAGGAAAUGAGAGACUGUGAUAUACAGUUUGUGUUAUUUGAAGCUGCCUGUUUUCCAUUUUCACUCUGCAGAGAAGAUUAAACAUAAAAAGUGCCGAUUAGAGGGCAUCUGUGCCCCACACAGAAGACAUAGAACAGCUCCUACGUGUCUGCACAGACAAUGCUUGCCUUUAGAGAACACAUUUUGAAACCAUUCCUAUGGAAACUAUGCAUUUAGUCAUUACAUGCGAUCACUGCUGGCCAAUUUAACUGAAAAUCGAAUAAGCUAGGAGACAAGGUUUUCUGUAUUCUUAUGAGGACCAUUUAGCCCAGGAUAGGUUGUGCGGGAUUGUCUCAGGUUAAUAUGGUAGGGAACCCAUCCUAUGGGUGGGCAGCACUGUUCUUGUGGACUGAAGACUCAGAGAAAGUUGAAAACAAAUGGCCCUACCACUUGUAGCUUCCUGACUAUGGAUGCCAUACAACAAGCCAGCCUCGACUUCUCUCAGAAUGCAUUCUCCAACCUUGAUAGAAUGUAUCAUCAUGAUUCAUGGACCACAACAAACCCUUUCUUAAGUUGGUUUUGUGAGGGUAUUUCAUCUCAGCAAGAGGAAAAGUCAUUGAUAUCAUAACUGUGAUAAUCCCGGAAUCUACUUAAACAUCACUUGUUAGAUUGGCAAUGAAUUUUAAUAUGACUUGGUCUUGGAGUACUAUAUAGUCAAGAAACAAUGUCAGUCAAGCUAUCUGUAUAAUGAUCUAAAUUGAGCUAAAGUAUAUCUUUAAAAUAAAGUCAAAACACCAUACAACUGUGCGAUUAUUAUUAGAAAUGCUACUAUCAUGCCAACAUGCAAGAACAAAAAUAAAAUGUCCUCUGGAAGAUUAA